UCUUGAAAAAAAACUUUACUAAAAAAGUAAACUCCUAUCUGAAUUUUAUGAUGUGAAGACAAUUUUUGCAGAAGAAAAAAAAAAAUUGUCAACCAAUGUGUCAAGAGACCUUGUUUAUGUUUUUCAAUUAACAGAGCUGCUUAACUUUGUAAUGACUUGCAGAAAGCAAAACCCUUACCAAACAUUAAUACAAAUUGGAAUUGAUUCAGGAGGUGGAUCACUUAAGGUAAUUUGUAACCUCUUUGAUCCAGAAAAAGAACGGUGCGAAGAUCAAAGUUCUCACGGAACAUACUCUGGAAUUAACCAUUCCAUAGUUCUUGCAUAUUGUGACAACUUGCAGGAGACACACAAAAAUUUAGUCAUUUUAUUAGAUCUUCUAAAGCUAGAAGAUUGUAAAUAUGUUCUUGCAGCUGAUUUGAAAAUAAUUAAUAUUCUUCUAGGAAUUUCAGUAAGUUAUGAUUUAAAAAUAUUUUGCGACGAAAGCGGAUUUUCUACAAGCGAGCUCCUUCACCAUUUAAAAAAUGCACACAAAGAAAUGGAUUUAGAUAUGAAGCGUCCACAUGAAGACACUGGAUUGGAAAUUGAAAAUAUGUACACAAAAAAAUCACAACCUUUAAGAUUUAUAGAAUCUGCUAAACUUAGUCUACGUGAAAAGAUCUAA